AUGAAGUCGUAUCUGAGAUGGACUGCUCUUGCAGUCGCUGCGAUCCAGUCGUGCACUGCUCAGACUUAUACUGACUGCAACCCUACCGAGACGACGUGCCCUGCAAACGACGGCCUGGCUAGCUGGAGUUUCUACACAGACUUCACCACCGGCGCCGACUCGUUCGAUGGCUGGACCGUCAGCGCCGGGGAUGUAACCAGCACCUCCCUCGGUGCCGAGUUCACCAUCAACGAGCAGGGCGACGCACCCACCAUCGAGACCGACUUCUACAUCAUGUUCGGCUACUUCGAGGUCGUGAUGCGAGCCGCCAACGGCACCGGCAUCAUAAGCACCGCCAUCCUCGAGUCCGACGACCUCGACGAGAUCGACUGGGAACAAGUAAGCACCUUCGACAACCAGAUCCAAACCAACUACUUCGGCAAAGGCAACACCACCAGCUACGACCGGGCCACAACCGUCUCCGUCACCUCCCCGACCGAGCAAUUCCAUACCUACGGCAUCAGCUGGACAGCCGAGAGCACCCAGUGGUUCGUCGACGGCACCCUCGUCCGAACACUCAACUACGCCGACGCCCUCUCUGGCACAAACUACCCACAGACACCCAUGCGUCCGCGCAUCGGGAUCUGGGCCGGCGGCGACCCGAGUAACGGCGAGGGCACGAUCCAGUGGGCUGGUGGCGAGACGGACUAUACCCAGGCGCCCUUUAAUAUGUAUGUCCAGUCUGUAAGGAUCAUUAACUAUACCCCGGCCGAGUCGUAUACGUGGACCGAUAUGACGGGCUCGUAUCAGAGUAUUCGGGCGUCGAACGAGACAGAGGGAGGUGCUGUGGGCUCUAGCUCGUCGGCUGUGGUGGGAUCUACCUCUACUGCUAUCCCAAGCUCCGUCUCCAGCUCCGUCUCCAGCCCCGUCUCCAGCCCUAUCUCGACUAGCAGACCUGUUAUUUCUCAGCCGACGGCUUCCACACCGGGUGUUGGUGGUACUGGUGCUGGCGGUAUUGGCGCCGGAACUGGUGGCGCGACUGAGACUCCAACCAGCUGUGCGUUUGAUACAGGUGUGACUCCGACAGGCACUGCCACCGGAGCUGGUAAUGGAGCUGAUAAUGGAGCUGGCACUGGAUCUGGCACUGGAUCUGGCACUGGAGCUGGUAAUGGAGGUGGAGCUGGAACUGGUACUGGUACUGGAACUGGCACUGCCAUUCCUUCCGGUAGCCCAAGCCCGACGGAAUUCUUCAGUGGUGCUCCAGGCUCUUUGUCCUCAUUUGCUAGCGGUUUCUCUGGCAUUGCGCUUGCUGCGUUCAUUGCGAAUGUGCUGCAAUUCUAA